UGCGAAUUUAUUUUCGCUUUUCAUCGAUCAUGACCACGUUUGCCACUGUAGUGCUGCUGCUGUUGUCGCUGUUGAAGAGCAGCUAUGCGUCUUCCUUCCAGGGCGAGCUAUUCUCGGACGACUACUACCAUUGGCUCUACCGCUGGCAUCGAGGCGGGGCGUGGAUGGAGCAUCAGGAACGACACGAAUGUUUUGGAACCUGCACAAUUUGUGCAUUUGUACCGCGGAAUAGUACACAAAUCACAAACAUGAAAUUGUCGGUCAACACGACGAUAGCCCAGCACUUGGCCACAGUGGAAGUGAAUUUCGCAAUAGAUUCUAUUGAAAACGACGACUUAGUGGCGGUUUAUCUCGUGGACCCGGAAGAAGCCAACGACGUGGAAGGUGACCCAUUAUCUGACUUUAUAGAUUACGUGUACGCCAACGAAAGUCGCGUGAAAAAAUCAGGAGUCUACUCGAUUGUAUUCGGACCGUUGGUGAACAUGCGGGCGUCAUACCAGUUCAAAUAUCUGCGAAAAGUUGCGUCAAUUAGCCUUGAUGAUGACGAAGACGGAGAAAGUCUACCAUUUUUUGAAAUUCUCGGCGAGUCUCCAUUUAUUGAAAUGGAGAGAGGCCAUACAGAGCCACUGCAGAUUCGACUCGCGUUGACAGGAAAGAAGGGAGAGAUGCGAGUCACGUGGGUCAGUGGGCAAGUAUUUGGUCCUAAUGUGGAAUUUGGUACGGCGACUUCGGGGUUGUUGGAACGUCGAGCUGAAGCGACAUCAGGAUCUUACGACGCUCUUGAUAUGUGCGACGGACUUGCUAGGAUUCGUUCGUCCGUGUACUUUCGACAUCCAGGAUAUCUCCAUGAUGCGCUGAUGACGGACUUGGUACCUGGAAUAAAGUACAUCUAUCGAGUGGGUAGUGUAACGGGUGUGUCGAGUCCAGAGAUGGAAUUUACGUUUCCGGUGGCGCUAGGAGAUCGAAAUUUAGAAAACGAGAGACCACAGAGCUUCUUUGUGUUUGGGGAUCUAGGCACUAGUGUAUUACAGAAACCUAUCGACGAAUUGGAUUUUGACUACAAGAAUCCGGAGCGACAUUUCACUGGGUUAGAUAUGGUGUCGAGACUUGCGAACUGGGGCGAUGAACGUACUGUAAUGGAGCGGAUUCGACAGGAUUUCGAUGAAUCAUUAAGCGAAGAUGCAAGUGAUACACCGGAAUAUGCUGCGUUGAUUCACAUUGGCGAUAUCUCGUAUGCUAAAGGCAAGACGUUUAUGUGGGAUCAGUAUGGGGCUACUGUGCAGUCAGUAGCCUCACGACUGCCUUACAUGGUAGGAGUCGGCAACCACGAAUACGAUUACAUCGAGAAUGGGGAAGGCCACGAUGUAUCAGGAAGUGAGGCAGCGCUCUCGAAUGGCUGGCACCCGGAUGUCGGCAACUUCGGAAACGAUUCUCAUGGAGAGUGUGGUGUUCCCUACGCGCGUCGUUUCCACAUGCCUGCCGCGAUGGAUAACACUUCGAAUCCUCCAUUCUGGUACAGCUUCCGUGUCGGAUUGACACAUCAUGUAAUACUGAGUAGUGAGCAUCGUUGUACUGUCGGUUCUCCCAUGCGGGAGUGGCUUGAGCGGGAAUUUCGCGAUAACGUUGAUCGGGAUAUAACGCCGUGGCUGAUCGUGCAUCUUCAUCGUCCUCUCUACUGCUCCGAGAGCUACGAAGGUGAUCAUGCGGUGGCGAAAUUACUGCGUGGUUGCUUUGAGGACCUCCUAUCUGCAAACAACGUGGACUUUGUCUUCUCUGGCCAUUAUCACGCAUACGAACGAACGUGUCCAGUGUAUGAGAAUAAAUGUAGAGAGCAAGGCGGAAGAGCUCAAGCACCUACACAUAUUAUGAUUGGAUCUGGGGGAGCGGAGCUCGACGAUGUUUCCUAUUUUCAUGCUAUUUGGAGUCGUUCGCGACAACAGGAAUAUGGUCACGGACGUCUGCAUAUCUACAACGCUUCACACGCUCAUUUCGAGUUUGUUCGAGCUCGUGACCGAGUAGUGGCCGAUGACAUUUGGGUCGUGUCAGAUCACAACUCGAAUCGCUUUGAAACAGACAGCUAGAAUAAUCUGCACCGCUAUGAAGAAGAAAUCUCGGUCUUCUGUUUCCAAAAACGACGUCUCUGGCUAAUCGAUAUUUGUUGAACCUGUAAAAACACAGAUUCGCGCCUUGCACAAUAAAUUCUGAAUU